AUGCCUCUCAAACUGGACAUCAAGCGUCGCCUGACGUCGCGCUCGGAUCGCGUCAAGUGCGUCGAUCUCCAUCCAGCCGAGCCGUGGAUGUUGUGCGCCCUAUACAAUGGCCACGUACACAUCAUGAACUAUGAAAACCAGCAAAUGGUUAAGGAUUUCGAGGUGUGCGAUGUCCCGGUACGCUCCGCCCGUUUCGUGGCACGCAAGAACUGGAUCAUAACCGGAUCGGAUGAUAUGCAAAUCCGUAUUUUCAACUACAACACUCUGGAGAAGGUGCACUCGUAUGAGGCGCACUCGGAUUACCUGCGCUGCAUUGCCGUGCAUCCCACGCAGCCGCUCGUGCUGACCAGUAGCGACGACAUGCUCAUCAAAUUAUGGAACUGGGAGAAGCUGUGGGCUUGCCAGCGUGUCUUCGAAGGUCACACCCACUAUGUUAUGCAGAUCGUUUUCAACCCCAAGGAUAACAAUACAUUUGCCUCUGCCUCACUGGACCGCACGGUCAAGGUCUGGCAGUUGGGCUCCAAUUUUGCCAACUUUACGCUGGAGGGACACGAAAAGGGUGUCAAUUGUGUCGAUUAUUAUCACGGUGGGGAUAAGCCCUACUUGAUUUCGGGUGCCGAUGACCGCCUGGUCAAGAUCUGGGACUACCAGAACAAGACGUGCGUCCAAACAUUGGAGGGACACGCACAGAAUAUUUCCGCCGUCUGUUUCCAUCCCGAAUUGCCGAUUGUGUUGACGGGCUCCGAGGACGGCACCGUUCGCAUCUGGCAUUCCGGCACGUACCGCCUUGAGACCUGCCUCAACUAUGGUUUCGAACGCGUCUGGACCAUUUCCAGCAUGCGUGGCACCAACAACGUGGCCCUUGGCUAUGACGAGGGCUCCAUUAUCAUCAAGGUGGGACGUGAGGAGCCGGCCAUGUCCAUGGACGUAGUGGGCGGUAAAAUUGUUUGGGCCAAACACUCUGAAAUGCAGCAGGUGAACCUAAAGACAAUUGCCGACGGCACUGAGAUUAAGGAUGGCGAACGUCUGCCCGUUGCCGUCAAGGACAUGGGCGCCUGCGAGAUCUAUCCACAGACAAUUGCCCAUAAUCCCAAUGGACGCUUUGUGGUUGUCUGCGGCGAUGGCGAAUACAUAAUCUAUACAUCGAUGGCUCUGCGCAACAAGGCUUUUGGCUCGGCCCAGGAAUUCGUUUGGGCACUAGAGAGCAACGAGUAUGCCAUACGGGAGAACAAUGGCACUGUGCGACUGUUCCGCAACUUCAAGGAUCGGAAGAGCUUCACUCCCGAGUACGGGGCUGAGAGUAUUUACGGUGGAUACUACUUUGGUGUGAAGACCUCUUCGGGACUGGCCUUCUACGACUGGGAGACCCUGCAGCUGGUGCGUCGCAUCGAAGUGCAGCCAAAGAACGUGUUCUGGAAUGAGAGCGGCAGCCUCGUUUGCUUGGCCACAGACGAUUCCUACUUCAUCCUGGGCGUGGACACAGCCUUAGUGGCAAACGCCGUCGAAACCAAGGAGGGUCUGGAGGAUGAUGGUGUGGAGAGUGCUUUCAAUGUAUUAGGCGAGGUCUCUGAAUCUGUGAAGACGGGACUGUGGGUCGGCGACUGCUUCAUCUAUACGAACUCUGUGAAUCGCAUCAACUAUUAUGUGGGCGGUGAAAUUGUGACCGUGUCGCAUUUGGAUCGCACCAUGUACUUACUGGGCUACGUGCCUAAGGAUAAUCGCUUGUAUUUGGGCGACAAGGAGCUGAAUGUGAUCAGCUUUUGCCUGCAGUUGUCAGUGCUGGAAUACCAGACGGCCGUGAUGCGUCGGGAUUUCGAGCGGGCCGAUCAGGUGCUGCCGACCAUACCCAAAGAGCAUCGCACUCGAGUGGCACAUUUCCUGGAGAAGCAAGGCUUCAAGUCGCAGGCUCUGCAGGUCUCCACCGACGCUGACCACAAGUUCGACCUGGCCUUGCAAAUUGAUGAGCUGGACGUAGCCCUGAAGUUGGCCCGAGAGGCAGAGAACUCGCAAAAAUGGUCACAGCUGGCGGAUGUGGCUGCGCGCAAGAAUAACAUGGCUUUGGUCCAGGAGUGCAUGAGAAAGGCGAAUGACUUCAGUGGAUUACUGCUGCUCUCAACGGCCUCGGGCGAUGCCCAGAUGCUCGAGGAGGUGGAGGCUGUGUCCUCUGUAAUGGCACGUCACAAUGCCUCCUUCCUGGCCGCAUUCCUGCGUUCGGAUGUGCACCGUUGCCUCGAUCUUCUCAUUGAAAACAACCGCUUGCCGGAGGCGGCGUUCUUUGCCCGCACCUAUCUGCCUAGCCAAAUGUCGCGUGUGGUCGGGCUGUGGCGCGAGGAGCUGGGCAAGGUCAACGAAAAGGCUGGUCAAUCGUUGGCCGAUCCAGCUCAGUAUACAAAUCUCUUUCCUGGGCUAACCGAUGCCCUGCGCGUGGAGCAGCAUCUGCAGGAGGAAAGGACACGCAGGGUGCCAGCCCGCUUGGCUGGACAGUUACCCCUGAAUAGCGAGCGCAAUCCCCUCGAGGAACUGAACUUAGCCGAGCGGCAGAGUGGAGGCCAGCCGGAGGAGAAAAUAAAGGCCGGCCCUGUAUCUGCCCAGGUUCCCGUGACCAGCGCCCAGGAAGCAAGCUCUUCCGCCAAUGUUGUGGACGACGACGACGACGACCUGGAUCUGGAAAUUGACGGCAUAACGCUGGAUGAUAACAUUGAUACGGCAGAUGUCAAUCUCGAUGAUGAUUUCUUAAGCGACGAUUAGGUGGGGCAGAGAAGAGGGGAGGAGAGGAGCGCCAGAUUUAGAAAUACUAUAAAAUUCUUCGUUUAUUGCUAGGGGAGUCCCACAUGAGCAUUUCAAGCCACACAAUUCCGCACAUGCAAUCGCAUUUGAUUUGAUUGAAUGCCGUUUCCCGUGCACUACCUAUACAAGAGUAAAAUAAAUAUAUAAUAUGUAUGUACAACAA